CUUAGACACGUGGUCUUUUUUUCACGCAAAAUGAAACGCGUGGUUUGGUUGGUGUUGCCUCCGGGCUUAGUUUGUUGUUUGGGCCUCUGGGCUUUGGCUUGUUUUUUUUUGUUUCCCAUUUUUGGGUCAUUUGUAUUUGUUGGGUUUUGUUUGAUAAAAUUCAUAUGGCAAAAAAAAAAAAAAACACAUGAAUAGCUUUGGACAUAUUGUGUCAGCUGUUACGUCAUCAAUGAGCUUUCCGAUUUCAAAAGCAGACCAUCAUUUUAGACUUUUUUCUUACAUCUGUAACUCUGUAGUCGGCACUUAUAAUUAGGUCCAAAACAUUUAUUUAUCAGUGACCUCGUUAGUGAAAAUAUAUAAUUAAGGACCAUGGAGCGACCGAAAUAUUUAUAGACUACAUGACAAGUACAAUUCCAGGUCUCAUCAAUGACAAUGUACGGCUAAAUAGAAAAAAUGGAUGAUAAAGGGAGGAAAUAAGUCAUUCCUUAAUCAUAAAUAUACACCUUUUUGUUUCCUUGAUUAACGCAAAGUAUCAAUCGAGUAAAUAAUUAAAAGCAAAAGACAAUGAUUAUUGCUAAUUACCAACCCAUUAAUCUGACAAAUCGAUAAGCAUGCGUAAAUCAAAUCAUCAACAUAUACGGUCCACGAGAGUUCAAGAGUGGGACCGCAUGAUGUUGUCAUGUUCAAAGUUGCUAAUAUCCAUUUCCUAAAUCAAAUCUAACAAAGUUCGUUUUUUUUUCAACCUAAUAUCCAUUUCCUAAAAAGUUAAACACUCUAACUACUAUAAAUUAGAGAAACCCUUGGGAAAAAUGUAUUUUCUCUUCACGUAAUCAUGUAUUUAACGAGUUCAGUCACAGGUAUUUCACUUUCAAAUAAGAAAAAAUAAAUAAUCAAAAGUUUAGUUAAAUAGUUUUACAGUUUAACAGUACUAGAAAUUUCAACAAAAACAAGCUAUCACACGAUUUAAAUAGGCAAUCUAAAAAUUUUAUCGACAUAGUCAAAUGUUUUGUCCAUGCACCGUAUUUUUUUUUUGAAAAUUCCAUGCAGUACCGUAUUGAUUAAUAAGUUAAUUAAAAAACUGGACUCCUUUUCCACGUACGUAUCUAUACAAUCUACCCAUGAGGCUAUGCUUUAAAACCUCAUCAUUUAAAACCCCAACGAGAACACCCUCACCGCCCUUACUGAAACAAUCUUAUUUAAUGAUCCAAUCUUUAUCCUUUCUUGUCUGCAGAGAAAUUACUAAGGAUGGGUAACUGUCUUGGCGGCAAAUUGAUUUAGAAAUUAUAUUUGCUCUUGAUAUAAACAUGUAUUUACUAUAACGAGUUGUAGUAUAUGCAGGUGUUUCACACAAGAAUGUAAUCAUCAAAAUUUCUAGUUAAAUUGUUGUAUGAUUUAACAGUAUUGAAUUUUUCAAUAAAAACAAGCUCUCAAACAAUUUAAAUAAGAUAAUCCUGAAAUUCUAAAAGGUUUUGUCCACGUUUUGUACUACUGAAUUUUUAAUUUUUUGGACUUCUUUUCCGCGUACGUAUAUCUCUACAAUCUACCCAUUACCACAUGGUUGCCAACCCCAUAUUCAUUUAAAACCCCAACGAGAACAUCCUCACCGCCCUCAAGUGAAACAAUCUUAUUUAAAGAUCCAGUCUCCAUCCACUAUUGUCAGAUAAAUUAUUAAGGAUGGGUAACAGUCUAGGCGGCAAGAAAACGGCCAAGAUAAUGAAAAUAGACGGCGAGUCUUUUAAACUAAAAACUCCGGUGACGGCGGAAGAAGUUCUACAAGACUUUCCCGGCUACGUUUUGCUAGACUCUGAAUCUGUAAAGCACUACGGUGCCCGAGCCAAACCACUUGAGGCGAAGCAGAGGUUAGAGGCGAAGCGGUUGUAUUUCGUGGUGGAGCCGGUGAAGGAGUGUCCACCACCAAGGAGGGUAAGAUCGGGAAUUCACAUGAAUGCCAAGGAGAGGCUUGAGCACCUCAUGCUUACUCGGAGAUCCUCUUCUGAUCUCUCCAUACUCAAACCUUCAGGAGGAUGGACGACGAAGACGGAGGAGGAAGAUGAAGGAGGAGCAGUGAGGGUGAAGCUGAGGAUUCCCAAGGCGGAGUUGGAAAAACUCGUUAAGGAAGGAGCCACGGAGGCGGAGGCCACCCAUAAGAUCGCCUCGCUCUUUAUGGCCAAACACAGCCACGAGGAAGCGAGUAAGAAUACGCUCCGACUUGGCCAUGAUGAGCCAGCCGCCACUAUUGCCACCGACACAAGAGGAGUCAAAUCUCGUCUGAAACGAGUGAGUUUCAUGGCGGAAAGAGCAGGAAGCGAGAUCACUGUCGCUUGAAGUUGAACCAAUCUAUAUUCUAAACAUAACCGCUUCCCAUCGUUUCUGCAUUUCUUUGUACAUAAAAAGCAGAGAGUUUUGAGAGAGAGCUAAUGAAUUUAUCACUCUGUAGCUAAACCUUAUAUUAUAUUUUAGAAAAUAAAAUAACGUUUUAUCUUUAUUA